UUAUGUUCCUGUAACACAUUCUAUAAUCAAACCGAAUAAACACUCAAAAUACCGAAUUAUCAUAUAAUCGUGUCCAAUAUCCUAUCAUAACACUUAUCAUAUAACAGUAUAAUCCUCCUUAACACAAUAAUAUUAUCCUGGAUUAUUUCACAACUUCACCAAAAUGCAUCACCAACACCAAACUGCGUAACUACCAAGUACGUCCUCUUAAUUGUUAAAGUACAGUCAAUCAAGCUUUAUCAGUCAAGCUUCAUCAAUCCAGUUCCAUCAAUCCAGUUGCAUCAAUAACUAUAUAAUUUACGAUGACUGGGUCGAAUUAUUUGAUUUACUCUAUUUUUUCCCUGUUUUUCGUGAUAUUCAGAAUUUGUUGAAACGGAGACCAAUUAUAAUUAGCUAAGCGGAAACUCACUCCAGAAGCCACUUCGAUGAUUGGUUGUGUGUUUCGUUAAGCUCCUCCCCCUCUUCCUUGACCUGACCGCCGGAGCGGUUAUAAGGUCCGCCGCUGCUGGUCUGGACGGUCCAGUCCUCGCUAGUCCUGCAAAUAAUGGAAAACACGGUCGUCAGCAAGCCUAAGUUGUCCUUCGGGAUCGAGGCCAUCCUAGGCCUGGACAGUAGGCCAUCUCCGGCCUCGAGUCCCUCCAGCGUAAGCUGCAGCUCUGAGGGUUCGUCGGAUUGCGAUAACUCGCGAACUCGACCGAACGUCGGAGGCUUAGCGACUCCUGCCAGCCGUCCGACGGCACUCGCAUUGCCUCACCACCAGGCAUUCCGUUACCUUCCUUACGUCCGUGUGUCUCCAGCCGGCGGUGCUCACCUGCCCAAGCUGUCUGGACCGGUGCUUCGCCGCCACAAGCCCAACAGGAAGCCACGGACGCCCUUCACCUCGGAACAACUGCUGACGCUGGAGAAGAAGUACCGUGAGAAGCAGUACCUGAGCAUCGCUGAGCGGGCAGAGUUCUCCGCCUCGCUCAACCUGACGGAGACGCAGGUGAAGAUCUGGUUCCAGAACCGCCGCGCCAAGGACAAGCGCCUGAAGGAGGCCGAACUGGAGCGACUGACGAGGCCUCUGUACCCGGCCUACGGCGGCCUCCUGCCCCUGGGAGGCCACCUGCCCUCCCUCCACCUCCACCAACCCAUGACCCAUUUCCUUCAGGUGACCUUGACUGAACACCGCGAGUGAAACUCCACACCUGAGGCGCUACACUUCCCUCGACAGUAAUGACCAGCGAUGGAGUUCCUCAAGGUGAGUUCUGUCUCUCUCUGUGUUUCGCACACACACAUUCCUUACAACAAACGCUUCGCCUCCAAUGACUUCGUCAGUCCUAAUGUAGAAUAAACCAGAGUUUCACACAGUGGUCUGGGACCCGGUACCAGUCGGCCUUACCAUUAACAACGGUCCGUUAUUACCGGUAAACAAGUGACCAACGCUCCGGCAUACAAUAACGAAAUGGAAAAGAAGAACAUUGAAUAAAAACAGAGUGAAGGACUGGCCGAGUGUGAGGGAUUAUUUAGAAGAUCCUGGGAUAGACAGGCAAGGAUAGAUGUGCUUCUUUUGAAGGAGGAUAGUCAUAUUAGGAUUAAUUAAGAAUAUGAAUGCUGGGAUGGAUACGAGUGUUAAAAUUUAUUAUGGAUAGAAUCAAAUUGAAUAGGAUGUACAAGAAUUGAAGACUUUUAAAAUUGAUGGGUAGAUUUUUUCAUAA